AUGGAGAUCUGUGCGCGGAGACGUCACACCGACGACGAGCCACUCCCCCUGCCGUCUUCGUUCUCAAGUUUUGCCCAACAACCGAGUCUUGCGUAUCCGCCGGACUCCCCCCUCGUAAACUGCCUUCCCGUCUGCGAGUCGUCCUCUUCUUCGUCUUCUGCCUCGUCUAGCCACGCGUCGAAGCGCGCGGCGCCAAUUCCCCCCGACAGACGGCGCAGAAGUUCCACAGAGUGCCGCUCCUCUCGUAGGUCGUCCCUUUCUUCUGGCGUCGCCGACACCGAAAACCGGCAGCAAGUCGCUGCGACGGGGGCGCCGCAGGAACAGCAAACGCGGCGUCGGUCGUCUCUAAAGAGAAACCGGAGCUCUGUUGAGCAGUCUGCUUUCCCCGGUUUCGACGAGCCCAGAGGUGGUGCGGAUCAAGUCCGAGACCCGAUCGCACAGUCUUCCAAGAGACGGCGAAACAGCAGUGAGAGUGACAUCAGCCGGGCGAAGAGAAGAAAAGACAAGCACACACAGGCCUCUCCGGGCCAUGCUUCGUCCGCGUCAACUCCCCACGCCGCGUUGCUGGCAAAAAGCCAGAGACAGGACGACGCAACGCAUGCAGGGACUCUCGCGUCGUCUCUCGUCUCUGCCUCGCCCUCGUCUUGUAUAAAUUUGAAGGAUCUAGGAGAGACGACUCGCCAACGACGAGCUGGGUCUGACGCGCCGGAGAAAGAUCCUGGGUCUGCGGUGGGCGACAGAGAACCGCGCUCUCCACGCGCACACCUGGCUUCGCCCCUUUCCUCUUCGCGAGCGCCUUCGUCGCCCCUCUCUCGGCGGAUCUCCUUCUCUCCUCGCUACUCAAACUUUCCUGCGCUGUCUCCGCUAGUCGUUCGAGCACGCCACGGCGUGGACGAGUCUGCUUUAGGAGAGAAGACAGCCGAGGUCGCGGGUCUGCCUCCUUUUCCCGUUUCGUUGGCGGCUUCGCUUCCGUCUCCGGCAGAAAACCUCAACUUGUCUCUGACGUACGACGGGAAGGAAGCGACAAGGCCUCUCUCUCCAACCUGCGCACGAACCUCUCGUCGAUUCACCUCUUCCCCCGCGAUUUCCGCGUCGUCUGCCUCCUCUGCGUUGUCAUCCUCUUCUGCGUUGUCUGCCUCUUCUGUGUUGUCUGCCUCUUCUCUUUGUCUGGAGAGGUGUGCGACUUGCGGGUGCGCGGUUAUUUUUUCUCCCUCGCAAGUUUCUCUCGCGGAGGAGCAUCCCGGCUCGCCCCUCGAGGCAGGAGGGCGCCGUGUAGAGAAGCGGGGAAACGUCAACGCGAAAGUACCGGGAAAUCGCGAACGAGAAUCGAGCCCAGAAAGUGAAGAUGGCGGACGAGAGGGGCAAGACGAAGAAAGCGGAAAGGGAAUGGACGGGAAAAAGGCGUGGCAAAGAGAAGCCUCACGGUCCGAGGUUCGGCCCUCGCCUCCACGGGUUUCGAGCAAGCCUCGGACGUCUCCAGAACGCAACGCGCACACCGACCGCCAACCCUUCCAGUGUAAUGCGUGUCGAAGUCGGGUGUACAUACAGUCCUUCUUCGACGACCUACGCCUUCUAGCCACCGGUUUCCAUUCGGAUCUUCGCAGCCUGACGCGCGCAGUUGCGCUGUCUCCGCAAGCUUCCUUUUUUCUCGCGGGAGAGGAAACAAAGAGGACUGUGCUGCUCGGGCGGCUCGGACGUGAGCAGAGAAACGCCGAAUCUGCUUCCUCGUCGUCUAGCUCGUACUGUGUACUGUCUUCGUGUCGGUGCCCAUUGUGCACACGUUUCCUUCCCUCUGACGAAGGGGGGACGGGCGAGGGUCUCGUGAGGGAGAAGCAAAAGGACGAAGAGAGCGAAACGUCGCGCGUUCAAGGGCGCAUGAACGAGAACCCAGGUUCACGCCUUGGCGAAUGGGAGCAUCUGCGACCGCAUUCCCUCCAGUGUCUCCUUCGAGCAGCCGAGCGUCAGUGCAGCCAUCUUCAGGACGAAGUGGAACUCCUUUCUUUGCCGGAGAGGGGCUGUGGCGGAGAGAGAGAUGCUGAAGCGACGAGAAGGGAAGCAGAAAGAGAGGAGGGCCAGGAAGAGUGCAGUACGCACGUGACGCUCCACUGUCUCCGCGGCCUGCUCGAAGCGGUUCACGUCGCCAAUGAAAUGAAAAUCGAACGUCUUCUCCAAACCCUCGUGGAAAAGGGUGGCCCAGCGGCGCUCGCGCUCUCGACCAGAAUUGAAGAUCUCCGAACUGCCUUGCCCGGCUUCCACACGUCCGCCGCACUCCUCCUUGCGCCUUCGUCUCGCGCGGUCGCCCCUUUCGCGAGUCUCGCUCCGCCAGAAAUGCAUGGCCUUCCUGGCAAACCGGAGCGAUCUCUGGGGAGCGCAGAAAGGUGCGCAGCGCCGGCUUCUUUCCUGAAUUCCGUCUCUUCCUCUGCGGAAGAGGGCAGUGCCUCCCGUCUCUCUCUCGUCCCGGCCUCCAGUCCGGAAGGUCUCUCUUUGUCGCUCUUCGGGGAGAAAGACGCGCGCCUCGCGCACGGCGCGCCUCACAAUUCGCGGGUUCUCCAGCCUUGCACGUUGGGUGUAAAUGCCGCGCAGGGGCGUCCUGCCUCGUCCUUCGAAGCCUGUUCUCCCGACGCGCUUCCCUCGGAGGAACGCGCCGUGCCUUCGCCUCCGUGCAGAGAAGUCCACGGCGAGGUGCCCAGUGCGGCGAGGAAGAAGAGACACUCUUCAAAUCACUCCCCGGGCACGCGGCUCUUCAAGAGUCUCGGGCUGUCUGAGGCGACCCUGCGCAUGCUGGGGCCUCUGUCCAAACAAAAGGGGAUGGUGAAGGACAGCCAGAGAGAGCCUGCUCCUGACCCGCAUGUUGCAGCCCCAGUGCAGCCCACUGUAGGGCAGUUCGUACACGACCGUUUGGGAGGCGGAGUUCACACAUCGUGA